AUGGUCAACACAGGAUUCUAUGUUGGAUGGAUCGAUAAUUGGGGUUUGCCAUUUCAGAGAAAAAAUUCAACAGCAAUUUCUCAGGCGUUGGAUAAAUUGCUCUCAAUGAAUGCUUCAGUGAAUAUCUAUAUGUUUGAAGGAGGCAGUAAUUUUGGAUUUAACAAUGGUAAAAAUUAUGAGAUAUAGCUUAACUAAGACGCAGGUUAAUUUUUUGUUACUCUAAAUACAAUAUGGGGCCAUUUUUGGGCCAUGCAGAAAGUUUAAUAACGAAACUAAAUAAAAUGGUUAUUGUAGUAACGUAGAUAGGACUUGCCUUUUGCUUUUGACGAAAAUCGUUUGGCUUUCUAAAAUUGCUUUUCAAAAGCUGAAGAAAGCUCUGUGGAGGAGAGGUUCACGCCUUUCUUCCUUGGCAAGAGCUUAUAUGAAAUUAUGUUUAAUGAUGUUCUAAAAUUCUUCAUUUUAGGAGCAACCUGGGCGCUACUUUACCUACCAGUUUUAACAAGUUACGACUACGAUGCGCCUCUCUCUGAAGCUGGUGACCCAACAGAGAAAUAUUUCGCAAUUCGAAAUGUUAUUUUCAAGUAUUUACCUCAACCCCCAGGCCCAGUACCUCCAGCAUUGCCCAAGUAUGAAUAUGGAAAAGUUUAUUUAAAGAAG